CACGCCGUUCCGCUAAUGAGCUCGACUACUACGUUCACCGAGGUUUGUGGAUAUAAUACUAGCAAAAGUCAACCUAGAGAAUACAUUCACACAAAUAUGAGCGUACUCUCAUGCGGAGCUAACCCGGAUCAGGACAACGGAUCGCUAGUCAGACACGGUGAUCGCACUCCCGAUUCGAGCAUAGGCGAGUCUUUCCCUACAGACCCAGCACUGAAUCCGGAGGAUGAUUUUUUUCCAGUUGGCUUGGGGGGUCUCACGAAUGAAGGAAAAUUGCAAGUAUUUAAUUUCGGACGAAUAUUGAGAUCGAAGUAUAAGAAAUUUCUCGGCGACGUUUAUUACCCCUCGAUAGUGAAAAGUCGGAGCACGGACUACGAUCGAACGAAAAUGACGCUGCAAUUGGUUUUGAGCGGUCUUUUUCCACCGCCACCGAGUCAGCAGUGGAAGCUCGGGGUCGAAUGGCAGCCAAUUCCUUUCGAAUAUUUGCGCAAGGAGGAAGACUGGGUCCUACGUCCUAAUCUCUGUCCGAAAUGCGUAGCCGCGAACGAUCGUUACACGAAGACUGACGAGUAUCGUAAACGCGUGUCCGAAUUGGAGGGUCUUUCGAAAUACGUCGAAAAAGUCUCCGGUCAGACCUAUAACAGUAUUUUGGACCUGGCUCUACUUUACGUUACUCUUGCCGCUGAAAGCGCCAGGGGAAAGGAACUCCCGGAGUGGAGCAAAGAUCUUUUUCCUAACGGUAAACUGUUGGACGCAGCGACUUUUUUCUUCGAUUUACAAGAUGGCAACGACGAGCUAAGAAGGCUCACCGGGGGAAUGUUGUUACGCAAGGUGAUAGACGAUUUUCACAGUCAUAAAAACGGAACUAUGGCGAAGGGCAGGAAAAUUUUCGUUUACAGCGCCCACGAUCUGAACGUCGCUGGUUUUUUGAGCGCUCUGAAAAUCUGGAAAUCUCACAUGCCUCAGUAUUCGAGCGCCGUCGUUAUCGAACUCUUGGAACAUGACGGAGAAUAUUUUGUCAAGGUUAACUAUUUUAAAGGAGAACCACCGCUGAUGCAAGAAAUGCGGAUCCCAGGGUGCGAUAAGGUAUGCCCGUUGGACGAGUUCAUCCACUUGCUAAAGAAUGUCACUGCCACUGAUGACGAUUUGAGAUGUGCCUAAUCUAGACAUUGUAAGAUUCUCAUAGAUGUACCCGAAGGAAAUUCCAAACUUUGCCCCUGACCUGGCGGAAUUCCCUUCCAAACCGAAAGCCCAUCUCUAAUUUUAUUUGAUCUUCUGGGAGUAAGUUCAGGUAGGUCGUGGCUCGAAGAAAUGUAUACAGAGUGUUCGGAAACUAUUCAUCGAGCUUAUCGGCUCGAAAUCGACGAAGAUCUGUGAAAAUUUUGGAUGACAUUUGAACGUUGAGAAGAUUCGAGUGACUCGGUGAAAUUUUUUAUAAGUCUUCAAAAAAUUGGGAAGAAAUCAUCCGAAGAAAAGAUGGAAUAAACGUUGAUUAAAACAAGAGGGACGAGCUUUCGGAUAUUUCCCAGGGAUUCGCUGACGCGAAUUCCGAUAGAGGAUACGCGAAAUCGUAAAAAAUGUACGGGAUUCGUGCGCGGCUAUUGAUGAAGAAGAUAUUCCAUAAAUUUACCCCGGUUUGAUGCCCUUCAUCAUUUUUCUCUCGUCACUAUACUGGAAAAGCAGACGUACGCGGUUCUCCUCCAUACAUGCGUACGAUAUAUCUGUACGUGUACGCGUACUUCUCAUCCCCGUAUAAGUUCAAUCAAUUCACAAUUUGGAUAUAGUGACGUCAUAUACGAGAUGAAUAUCUCGCUCCAUUGAACACCGCGCGCGAUUCCCUCCUACUGAGGUAUUGGAUCACGGGAGAAAAAGAAGGGGGUUCAGGUAGAAAGAUUCUGGGGAAAAGGGGAAUAGCUUGAAAUUCGAGUUGCAGGAUAUAUCUUCCGAGAUAUCGAUGUGUACGUCUAUAUAUUACGUAUUAUACGUAUAUGUAUACAAUAUCUUUGGUAGCAUGACUAUAUAAAUUUAGACGUACACGGUGGCGCUGGUACCGUGUAUAGGCUGAAAGGUGCUGCUGCUGGUUCCUUCGCGGGUUCAGAAAUUCUCGGGAUCCGUAACCGUGUGGAGUAGAGAAUGGAAUAUCUAUGUAUGUAUAGGGCAUUUCGCGUCAAAUCAACUGUACCCUACCCUCUGAAGAUCUGAAUUUUUUUUCACCCCCUGGAAUCUCAUUACCGUUUCGGUGUCACAAUUUUUCCUUCUUAUCGCAUAAUUGGCGUAAUUUCCUGAAAGAAAAAUAUUCGUACACUCGGAAAAUAACGGUGAAGAAAACGAUUUCACGAGAAGCUCUUUUUUUCGCGUAAAAAUUAUUGUGCGAAAAAGGUCAAGCAACGAAUAUCGAAAAACCGGUCGAAUCAUUUGUUGCGUAAUGCCCGUUAUAAGUAUAUAUAGAAAAUUUUUUGGAAAGUGAAGUGGCAUUGGGAAAUGGUUACGUGCCAGCCGCGGAAAGAUAUCUCGCUGCCGUCUUCAAUAUAUCGAAUUUACCUACUUCCUAUCUGUAUCUUUACUUUACAUACGUAGGUAUGUAUAUAUGAAAACGGAUAGUUACAGCUGUAACCUACGGUUACAUAGAACCUCAAUACUUGUACAUAGUGUAUGUAUAUUAUAUUUAACUCUCUGUUCGACACGGGGUCACGAUAUUGAAACACGUGUGACGUUCGAAUGAAACUUUUAUGCCCAUCCACGUUACAAUAUAUAAAAUAUAAACGGUAGAGGCUAGACGCACGAAGAUGCUAUUAUACAUAUAUGUACAGAACAUGUUUAUAUAUCCUGCGUACGUACCGUACGCUCUGAUAUUUUAUUCAAAGAAUGUUCCUGAUGGAAACGAAAUCAAAUUAGUUUCGAACGUAUUCCUGUAAUACGUACUUAUACCAAUAGUCCCUUGUAUAAACUCUCCUUUCUUUCACUUC